AUGGCUGGCAUCGGAGAGGCAAGCUCAAUCAUUGCAGUUAUCGAUCUCGGUCUGAAAUUUGGAAAAACUCUCCAAUGGUACGUCUCGACCGCAAAAGGGGCAAAAGAAGAAGUGUUACUUCUUAUAUCGGACAUCUCGAGUACCUUCGGCCAUCUUCAUCAGCUCAAUGAGCUGAUCGAGAAAAACAAGAAGACGCAUUGCUGGGGCGAUGUAGGGGUGCAGGAUGCUAGAAAAUGUGUUCGCAGCUGCCAAAAAAUUAUUGAAAAGUUCCAAAAGUUGCUGAAACGGUCGUCAGUCCCAGUCAGGCCGGAAAACUUUACUCAGGAAGAUAUUGACUUGUCAAAAUUUGGCCAUCUUUCCUGGCCCCUUUAUGCACGCAAAUUUGAGAAAUACCGACAGGAAUUGUCGAUGGUGAAGCUAGAUGUACUGCUUCUUCACUCCAGCUACAUGGUCAGCGCAGGCUCUAUAAUGGAGCAAGACAGAUAUCAACGACAAAUUGCAGACCUUCGUCGCGAGAAAACAUCCGUCCUCGGGCGUCUAGCUGCAAUCAAGCAGUCACAGAGCGGACCGCAAAACCAAGGAAGCAGCAAAGGCACUUAUAGCAAUCCUUUUGCACCAAGGCUGGAAGAGCCGCAGUCAUUUGGCAGCCACGGACCCUAUCCAUCGAGACGUGGAGAUAUACUUGACCUUGACGACCCCUUGUAUCCAGAGAUUCAGAAAUUGAUCGAAGAAAAAGUCGCGCAAAAGAAGAUGGAAGAAGAGAAAAAAGCAGCCGAGAAGAAAGCUUUACAGGAGGAAGUCAUUCAAAAUUGGAAGGAUGAAAAGAUGAAAGAAUUGGAUGAGAAAGCGCAAAGCAUCGACGCUGAAAAGUCAAAGAUAUACAAUGAGCUCCUGAGAAGAAAGGUAGCACCGGAAACCAUCAAUGACAUUAUCUCCGAUUUGUAUCCUCCUCUCACGCUAGACAGACACAAUGAUAGCCAUAGACGAGGCUGCUAA